UUUUCCAGGAUUUGAUUAUCUUUCCUGAUGAUUGUGAAUUCAAGAGGGUACCUCAGUGCACUACGGGCCGUGUGUAUGUAUUGAAGUUCAAGGCAGGAUCAAAACGACUCUUCUUCUGGAUGCAGGAACCAAAGACGGACAAGGAUGAAGAACACUGUCGUAAGGUGAACGAGUAUCUCAACAAUCCCCCAAUGCCUGGUGCUUUGGGUGGAAACGCAAGCGGAGGCCACGAGCUCUCGGCACUGGGAGGUGAGGGUGGCUUGCAAAGCCUUCUUGGAAACAUGAGCCAUAACCAGCUCAUGCAGCUGAUCGGACCAACGGGCUUAGGAGGACUUGGUGGGCUGGGUGCACUGACGGGUCCUGGGCUGGCCAGUCUCCUUGGAAGUGGGGGACCCCCAACCAGCAGCUCAUCAUCAAGCUCUCGCAGCCAGUCAGCUGCUGUGACACCAUCUUCCACCACUUCUUCCACCCGUGUAACGCCUGCCCCGACCGUUCCUGCGGCUGCGGCUGUCACCAGUCCGAGCCCUGUUCCCAGUUCGGGUAAUGGAACCAGCUCAGCCACCAGCCCAACCCAGCCCAUUCAACUGAGUGACCUUCAGAACAUUUUAGCUACUAUGAACGUGCCAGCUGGAGCAGGAGGACAGCAAGUUGACCUGGCAACUGUCCUGACUCCCGAGAUAAUGGCUCCCAUCCUGGCCAACGCUGAGGUUCAGGAACGAUUGAUGCCUUACCUUCCCUCAGGGGAAUCUCUGCCGCAGACUGCAGAAGAGAUUCAGAACACCCUGACGUCUCCUCAGUUUCAGCAGGCAUUGAGCAUGUUCAGUGCUGCCUUAGCUUCAGGACAGCUUGGCCCACUAAUGAGUCAGUUUGGCUUACCCGCAGAGGCAGUCGAUGCAGCAAAUAAAGGAGAUGUAGAAGCGUUUGCCAAAGCAAUGCAGAACAGUGUCAAGUCAGACCAGAAGGAAGGAGACUCUAAGGACAAGAAAGAUGAAGAGGAAGAUAUGAGUUUAGAUUAAGUUAUUUGCUCUUCCUUACAGAUAUUCCUAGAUACUAACUUAAGCAACCGCAGUAGGAUUACUAACUUCAUAUUAUGCUUAUAUAAAUCUACAAAUAAAGGAAUUUUCUUUAUCUGCCA